AUGGUUAUGAGUAGCAGUAUAGUUUCAAAUAUCGAUAGUAUACUGGACCCAAGUAAUAUGAGUCCGAAUAACAACAUGAUAAAGGUUUCUAAAAAGGGAGAUGGGGAAAAGCAUUACGAUGCUAACCAUCCCACUUUCGAAAACUUUGAGUACCAGGAUAGAGUGGAAGACAGGGAUAAAAAAAAUUUUCUAGAGUCUGAUGUUAAUCCUGGUGCACCCUUUUCUACCUCAGAGACACUCAUACACAAGCCGGUGCAUGUCAAUAGAAAGUUUCAGCGGUCUGUUCUGCUACAACUGAAAUUGAAUAAUGAUUUCAAGAAGGUAACAAGUCCGGGAGCCACUCCGGAUCACAAAGAGACAUCCUCUUCUAUGGGGAACUUUAAGGAUCAGACUGCGAAGAUCGCUUAUUUCUCUACCUCUGUCUCAGAGCACUUCAAAGGCCAACCCACCUCGAACCAAUAUAGUGUUCUGCACAAACCGCAGAACCCCAACAUGACUCAGGUUAUCUCUCAAAAUUCAAGUCUUCACCAUGGCUCAAUCAUUACUCCACAGGAAUCUCCCCCAAAACAGCCCAAUUGCAGGAAUUUGACAGUCCCCAGGAUCUCUUUUAUUACGCCUUCCCCUGUCAAUGAGAGCCCUACUGGGGUGUUGCCAGUGCGAAGGACGAAACACAAUCCCGUUAGAGACAAGUCAGACAGAUGGGUUAUCCAGGACGGUGAAAAGGUCUCACCAUCUACCCCAGCUCUCGAAGAGCCGGAUGAAAUGCCGUCGGAAUACUACGUGUAUGAAGAAUAUGAAGAAAUGUAUGAAGAAAGCGGCGAAUAUUACUACUACGAAGAAAUCUAUGAAGAGGAGAUAGGGGAGGACAAAAGUGAAGAGGAGCCUCGAAUCGACAUCAUCCACGAUAAGGGGGAUGAGCCCGAAGCUCAGGACUCCCUCUUUGGAAAGGCUGUAGUGGAUGAAAAUACUGUGCACAAUGAACAAGGGGUGGUUACUAACAAAUCAGGUGCUGGACCCUCUUACAGGGGUUCUCCUGCUUGUGAUAGUUUAAAUUAUGUUAUCUUUGAACAAGAAUACACCUCACGUGAGGAUACGCCAGAGCGUAUGGCCACAGAAGAACAUCGUAGGAGUUUUAAACUCGAAAACCAAGUGACCAAGGGUUUUGAAAAGAACCCUAUAAAGGAUACCAAAAAUUAUCACAACACUGAGCCGUACGCGGAGGACCCCGAGCAUAUCGAUCCAAAUGAGCUAAACUUAAUUAUAGUGGACAAUAAACCACUUUUAAAUAGUGAUGCUGAAGCUGAACUGUCACAUCAUCUUAAAGGACAUACUAUUUAUCUCAAUGAAAAUAAGAAAGAAGCGCAAAAUGAAGCUGACAUUUAUAUAGAAGAUGACGUUUUUUUAAAAAAAAUAGAUUCAUCUAGGAGCAGCUCACCUGCCGAGGUUGCUAAGCUUGAAGUAAAUCCUAAAGAAAUUUCCAGAAGCAGCGUAGGCAGUAAAACUAGUGAAGAUGAUACUCCGAAAGAAUUUAUUUACAACCCUCAAAAAGAACUAAAAGAAGUCAAACAAAAUGAACCAAUGAGAGACAACGAAGCACCUUCUUUACCUGAUGUCAAGAAUUUGAACACCGAGCAGAUCAAGGAAGUUUCUGAUAGAGGAUUUAAUAUUGGAAUGACGACAGUUGCAAGCUGCGAACAGAGUUAUACAUUUAACAACAACAAUACCGAGUGUGGUGUUCAGGAGACAGAAAAUCCUAUUUCCCAAUGUGAACCCAGCGUUCUGCUGACAACAUUAUGUGAUUCAAAAGCUAAAAUCGACAAGUCAACGUUAACUGAUACUCUGAUAGAAGUAGUACCUAAGACAAAAAAAAAAACCUUUUUUAUUAGUUUAUUUGACGGGUGCGCCUGGCAGAAGAAAGGUAUCAUUGCCACAAACAACAGAGAAAUUCACUCGAAAAAAAGAUGA